CACUGGGAUUGAAACAUCUUGAAUUUGUUAUUAAAACAGAAAAAAAUGUGAUUCAAGUGACAGAAGAUACUCAAUUAAUGAACAUCAUAUCAACCACACCACAAUGGCACGGCCUUUUUCCAGUUAUACCAGAAGCCUCAAAUCUGUUUAACCUUAAAGCAGACAGCAUGGGAGUAUGUCCAGUUUAUCAUCAAGGGAUGGCAGACUUGGUUGGCAUGGAUUGUUACAUUAAUGAAACUGUUUGGGACCUUAUGUGUUUACACAGAGCAUAUGGUGAUGUUUCUGGAACAAAUGAAGCACUAUAUUCCGUUUUUAUAAGAGCUGUUCUUGUUGGAAUCAUCCACACUUAUAACCCUGCAGACAAUUAUUUACUUCUUGAACAAAAGGAAAAUCAAAAAAGAAAAGAUAAUGAGGAAACUGAUGGGUUACAAAGAAGUUCUCUUCCACCCAUCAAUCUAUCUGUAAUUGGUCAUGAAUUUGAUGAAAAAAAGGUAAAAGAGGAAGUUUCUGCAUUAUUCAGUUAUUUAAAAUGGUCUAUGGAUUUGUUUGUUGAGAUUUCAUAUAUGGAUGUUUCAAAUGCUAAAAGGCAAAAUUAA